UGCCACUGACUGGAAUGAAAAGCAACUAAUAUAUAGGGUGACUCCUCCUUGCUACCUGUAAAUCUACCCUCCUCCCUUCUUCUUUCUCCCCCCUCCUCACCUCCAUUUGCCAGGGUGUCCUCUCUCCAUCUAUGCCUAGCACAGGGAUGUGACAGAGGCAACAGCACUGGCGGAGGAGGAGGGACAGAAGCGAUCAGCUGGGAGGAUUACAGCCUUGAACAGUCGGAGGAGAAAGAGGAAAAGGGAAGGAUUGCCAGCAGGCUGGCAGCAGGCAACGUGUAGAGGAGAGAAGGAUAGAACGGCGCCGAACACCGCAACAUCUAGGAUUCCGUUCGAGUGGAAGGAAGGACUGGGAUCCGGCGCAGCGAUCCACAAGGAUCUUAUUGAUCAGCAGAAAUUAAGAGACGAGAAAUCGACCCUCCACAUACGCAAGUCCUAUAUGGCUGUGCACGGUGCAAGGGAGCCGAGAAGCCGCUGGUCACAGUAAGGGGGUUGCCGUUUAAUAAUCUGAGAUCAGCAAUUGCCCCAUUUAAACGUCUGCAAACAGGUGCUGGGAAAUGCUUAGCGUUAUUUAACAUAUAUUAUGUGCGUGUUUCCCAAAUGCAAAGCAAUGAGUGUAUAUUAUAAAUAUCAUUGGCAGCAUUGGUAUUUCAUGUGAAUGCCGUGUUGAUUCUUAAAUAAGGAUAAAAAAGACGCACAUUUAGGUCCAAACAUCAGGGAGAAAUGAAGGACUGCUUUGGAUUUUUUCUUGCUUGUUUUUGAUGGAAGGACUAUGACAGCUUUGUGAAGGUGCCUGGGUUGUCUUGCUCUUAAGGGCUACCCUGGCUUUGUGGAAUGAGGUUUUAAAACCAACAUUGAGACUGCACUUGUCAUAAGCCUGCCCUUAUUUUAUGCUGAGGAGGUAGCUCUAGAAGGCCCCACAAUUUGUCUGACCUGCCCCCUUCCUUCCAAUAUGGCUGGUGCAGGAAUUUGGGGGCUGAGACAUAAGUGGCUUUCAGGGUUUCCUGGGUCUUCCUGUUAGCAAUGGCAAGUGGCAACAAAUUCCAAAGCAACUUCAGUAGCAUUGGCUUAACCAUGAGCGCCAUCAACAACAACAACCUGCACCUGGACUCCUCCAUCCUUUCACCUAAAGUGGAGGCUGCCUUCAUUAUACCAGUAACCCAGGAUGUUCCAUGUGACAGUAGGGGUCAGCGCAUGUGGUGGGCUUUCCUGGCCUCUUCUAUGGUGACAUUUUUUGGGGGUCUUUUCAUUAUCCUGGUAUGGAGAACCCUGAAAUACCUUUGGACUGUCUGCUGCCACUGUGGGGGCAAGAAUAAGGAGGUACAGAAAGUCGCAAACACAGUCAGCACCCAAGUAACCGAUGGGGACUACAAGCCGACCGAUGAAAAAGAAGAGACUUUGGCAGUGGCCGAGGUGGGAUGGAUGACAUCUGUAAAAGACUGGGCUGGUGUGAUGAUUUCAGCUCAAACACUAACCGGACGAGUGCUGGUAGUGACAGUCUUUGCUCUAAGCAUUGGGGCCCUGGUGAUAUACUUCAUUGACUCAUCCAACCCUAUUGAAACCUGCCAAAACUUCUACAAGGACUUCACACUCCAGAUAGACAUGGCCUUCAACAUCUUCUUCCUGCUAUACUUUGGCUUGCGGUUUAUUGCCGCUAAUGACAAACUGUGGUUUUGGUUGGAAGUGAACUCUGUGGUGGAUUUCUUUACAGUGCCUCCUGUGUUUGUGUCUGUUUAUUUAAACAGAAGCUGGCUUGGCCUGAGGUUCCUACGAGCUCUGCGGCUAAUCCAGUUUUCCGAAAUCUUGCAAUUUUUAAAUAUUUUAAAAACAAGUAAUUCCAUUAAGCUGGUGAAUCUUUGCUCCAUAUUUAUCAGUACUUGGUUGACAGCAGCAGGCUUCAUUCAUUUGGUGGAGAACUCUGGAGACCCAUGGGAUGAUUUCCGAAACUCACAGAGUAUUUCAUAUUGGGAAUGUGUCUACUUGCUAAUGGUGACCAUGUCCACUGUGGGAUAUGGAGAUGUUUAUGCAAAAACCACCCUUGGCCGUCUCUUCAUGGUGUUUUUCAUUCUCGGCGGUUUGGCCAUGUUUGCCAGCUACGUCCCCGAAAUCAUAGAGUUAAUAGGAAACCGAAAGAAAUAUGGUGGUUCUUAUAGUGCAGUUAGUGGACGGAAGCAUAUUGUGGUCUGUGGUCACAUCACUUUAGAAAGUGUGUCCAACUUCCUGAAGGAUUUUCUACACAAAGACCGAGAUGAUGUCAACGUGGAGAUCGUAUUCUUGCACAAUAUUUCCCCUAACUUGGAGCUAGAAGCUCUCUUCAAGAGGCACUUUACUCAGGUAGAAUUUUACCAGGGAUCCGUCCUGAACCCCCAUGACCUGGCAAGAGUUAAGAUUGAAUCAGCAGAUGCCUGUCUAAUCCUUGCUAACAAGUACUGUGCUGACCCCGAUGCAGAGGAUGCAUCAAAUAUAAUGAGAGUCAUCUCAAUAAAAAACUAUCACCCAAAGAUCCGGAUUAUCACGCAGAUGCUUCAGUAUCACAACAAGGCUCAUCUACUAAACAUCCCUAGCUGGACUUGGAAAGAAGGAGAUGAUGCCAUAUGUCUGGCUGAGCUGAAGCUGGGCUUCAUUGCACAGAGUUGCCUUGCACAGGGUCUAUCCACCAUGCUUGCAAAUCUCUUCUCCAUGCGUUCAUUUAUAAAGAUUGAAGAAGACACGUGGCAGAAGUACUAUCUUGAAGGAGUGGCUAAUGAGAUGUACACAGAAUAUCUAUCCAGUGCUUUUGUGGGACUCUCUUUCCCCGCGGUGUGUGAGUUGUGCUUUGUGAAGCUGAAGUUGCUGAUGAUAGCCAUAGAAUACAAAUCUGAAAAAGGGGAGAGCAGAAGCAGAAAGCGGAUUAUUAUCAACCCGGGAAACCAUGUAAAGAUUAAAGAAGGCACUCUUGGAUUCUUCAUUGCAAGCGAUGCCAAGGAAGUGAAACGUGCAUUUUUCUACUGCAAGGCUUGUCAUGAUGACAUCACAGACCCAAAGAGGAUCAAAAAAUGUGCAUGCAAGCGACCUACAAAGAAAGAAGCUAGAUUAAGUGUCCAGAGACUGUAUUUUCCUCCCCAGAAUGCCACUUCAAACUCUGUGCUCGGCUCUAAACUCAGCCUGGAGCCACAGGAACCAAUUCCUCUUGUUAAUAAUCGCAAAGGUAGCCUGUUUUUACCCUGUGACCCUUCCCUACUGCACCUGCAGUUACUGGGCUCCUCUGCUAAAGGGAACUCUGCCAACCUCAGGUUGCAGCGGGCACUGAGCCUGCCAGGGAAAUACCAUUACCACCCUAAGCAACAUGUGUCCAACCGAGAGCUAUUUGAAGAUGAGCAGCCAUCGGCAUUGUCACCUAAAAAAAAGCAGCGGAAUGGAGGAAUGCGGCACUCUCCAAACUCUUCACCCAACAUGACGAGACACGAUCCCAUGCUCAUGGCUGGAAGUGAUCAGAUAGAUAACAUGGACUCCAGCAGUGUGAAGAAAUAUGACUCUACCGGUAUGUUCCAUUGGUGUCCAGGAAAGGAGAUGGAGAAGGUUCUGUUGACUCGAAGUGAAGCUGCAAUGACUGUUCUGAGUGGCCAUGUGGUGGUCUGUAUCUUCGGAGACGUAACCUCUGCACUCAUUGGGCUUCGCAAUUUGGUGAUGCCACUGAGAGCCAGCAACUUUCAUUAUCAUGAGCUGAAGCCUAUAGUAUUUGUGGGAUCCCUCGAAUACCUAAAGAGAGAGUGGGAGACAUUGCACAACUUCCCCAAGGUUUCCAUCCUUCCCGGUACGCCAUUAAGUCGAGCUGAUCUAAGGGCUGUCAACAUUAACCUGUGUGACAUGUGCGUUAUCCUGUCAGCCAAUCAGAACAAUAUUGAUGAUACUUCACUUCAGGACAAGGAAUGUAUCUUGGCAUCACUCAACAUCAAAUCCAUGCAGUUUGAUGACAGCAUUGGGGUCUUGCAAGCGAACUCUCAAGGUUUUACACCACCUGGGAUGGAUCGAUCGUCCCCUGAUAACAGUCCAGUACAUGGUCUAGCAAGGCAGCCAUCUAUUACCACAGGAGCCAACAUUCCCAUCAUUACUGAGCUUGUGAACGAUUCGAAUGUUCAGUUCCUGGACCAGGACGAUGAUGAUGACCCAGACACUGAGCUUUACUUGACCCAGCCAUUUGCCUGUGGCACUGCCUUUGCCGUAAGCGUGCUGGACUCGCUCAUGAGUGCGACAUACUUCAAUGAUAACAUUUUAACCCUGAUCAGAACGCUGGUGACAGGAGGUGCAACGCCGGAGUUAGAGUCCCUUAUAGCAGAAGAGAAUGCAUUACGUGGAGGGUACAGCACCCCACAAACGUUAGCCAACAGGGAUCGUUGCAGAGUAGCCCAGCUGGCUCUGUAUGAUGGCCCAUUUGCUGACCUUGGGGAUGGUGGUUGUUAUGGGGAUCUCUACUGUAAAGCUCUGAAAACAUACAACAUGCUUUGCUUUGGCAUAUAUCGAUUACGUGAUGCCCAUCUAAGCACACCCAGUCAGUGUACCAAAAGGUAUGUAAUAACAAACCCUCAUUACGAGUUUGAGUUGGUGCCCACGGACCUCAUCUUCUGCCUGAUGCAGUUCGACCACAAUGCCAGCCAGUCUCGUGCCAGCCUCUCGCACUCCUCGCACUCUUCACAUUCUUCUAGCAAAAAAAGUUCAUCCGUUCACUCCAUCCCAGCCUCUGCUAACCGCCAGAACCGGGUCAAGGCUCGUGACGCCCGUGACAAACAGAAGACGAAUAGAAUGGGCCAAGCAGAAAAGAAAUGGUAUACAGAUGAAAUGGAAAAUUCUUAUCCCAGAAACAUUCAAAUUAAGCCAAUGAGCACACAUAUGGCUAAUCAGAUUAAUCAAUACAAAUCGACGAGCAGUUUGAUACCGCCAAUCCGAGAGGUCGAAGAUGAAUGUUGAUUCAAAAAUAAACUACUUAGAAAAAAAAAGACAAAGACUUAUUCACAGAACUUGAAGACAUAUCCAGACUUGCAAAACAAUCUAGAAUCCGCAAGCGUAAAUGAGACUGGUGAAGUGACGCCGCGCACUAGGCCUGCGUGAGAUGCAGGAGUACAGAGACUGAAAGAAGUGUAAAAUAUUUAAUUUAUAAAUGAACAGCAUCUAUAUAGUCAUGUAUAGCCUCUAGUGUUUUAAAUUAUUUUUAUUCAUUAGAAAGAAGAAAAUAUAUAAAUAUAUAUUUUUUGUCAAGUCUUUGCCCAAAAACAAAGGAUAAAAUACAGCCAUUUCUAUGGGAAAGUUAUAAGAAAAAAAACUUUGUGUCAAAUUGUUACUUACUGUAAGAACAGCUGAAUCCUUUUCCUGCUAGAAGACCGUGCAAGCCUGUUCCUAAGACCUCGCCACCGCGCAUUCAACGUUCUGCAGGUUCUUCUUGCCAUGGAGAGAUCACAUAGAGAAAGUCAUUGUCUUGAAUUAUGUCUCAUGCUUCUGCCACAGAGUAUUGUAAAAGAUCUGGAUAAUCUUAUUGAAAUUGCUUCUUUUA